AUGGAGAGUAACUCGAAAAGCUCUAUUUCGACAGAGGGAACCAAAUGGAACACUUCUGUUCCCUAUCUGCUGGGAAACACUCUUGGGAUUAUUUUGAGGGCCUUUGAGCAGUUUGGUCUGAAAUCCUGCAUCAACUUUAUUCCACGGCAAAAUGAAAAUUACUUCAUCGACAUCCAGAAAUUAGGAGGGUGUUUCUCCUAUAUAGGAAAACAGAUUCCAGGUGGACAAGUUCUUUCCAUUGGGUCUGGCUGCGCAUUUGUUGCCAUUGUGGAACAUGAGCUUCUCCAUGCCCUGGGCUUCUUUCACGAGCAGUCCAGAUAUGACAGAGAUGACCAUGUCACAAUAAUCUGGGACAACAUCCAAGAAGGGAAAGAGAACAAUUUCAUUAAAGCAAGUGAGGAUGAGUCAAGCCUCCUUGAUACUUCAUAUGACUACACAUCUGUAAUGCACUACGAUAAAGAUGCCUUCAGUAAUGGAACUGGAUCCACCAUCAUCACAAAGCAACCCGAGUUUCAAGAUGUGAUCGGCAACCGUAUAGAAAUGAGCUCAACAGAUGCACUUGAACUGAACAGGCUCUAUAACUGCGAUGCGUCAGUCUCCUUCCUGGACCACUGCAGCUUUGAAGAUGAGAGCCUGUGUGAGAUGAGUGUCUGCUCCAGGAGUUCAGCUGGAUGGCAGAGAGUGAGCCGAGCUGAUGGAGGUCCCCACUCAGACCACACCUACCUGGGCACUGACUUUCAGGGUUCCUUCAUGCAUUUCAGCACCAAUCGCAGUUCAGAGGGAGAUUCAGCCACCAAUCACAGCUCAGAGGGAGAAUCAGCCAGACUGACCACCAGGAGGAUGACUCCUGGUAGAACAUGCCAGGUCCAGUGCCUUCAGUUCUACUACUACUACAGUGGGAAUGAAACGGACCAGCGCAACAUCUGGAUCAGAGAGUUUGACAGUGAGGAGGACACAGAAGGAACCCGUAGGCUUAUGGGCCAGAUUUCAGGUUCCCCAGCUGAUUACUGGAAGCUCCACCAUGUUCCUCUGAACGCCACUAAGACCUUCCAGGUGGAGUUUGAGGCCCGCAAAGGACCUGGGUCCUCCAGUGGUGACUUCUCUGUGGACGACAUCAACCUGUCAGAGACCGAAUGCCCCCAUCAGACAUGGCAAAUCAGGAACUUUGAGGAGGUUUUGAAUACCAGUAAUUAUGGCACCUUCCUCUAUAGCCCAAGGUACUACUCCAUAGAUGGCUAUGGCUAUCAGAUCCUGCUACAAUUGCUGAACCCAUAUUUUGGCGUAUAUGUGCGCUUGGUGUCUGGAGACUAUGACGACAUGCUCGAGUGGCCGUUGGCAUGGAGGCAGAUUACAGCCCAGAUGCUGGACCAGAAUCCACAGAUGCAGCUGCGCAUGUCCAAGGAGAGGAGUUUGACCACAGACCCAGUACUGAUAUCAGGUGCUUAUAGCCACAGCACUAAUGAGUAA